AUGAUAACGCGUGUUGUCUGCAAAAACCAAAAGCCCAACAACGGUCAGCAUGGAUUGAGAAACGGAUCUUCGAUGGCAAAGGAAUCAGACGAGAAAUUGGUGAAACUGGCGAAGCAACUUGUUAAGUCACACCCAGAAUUGUCAUUCCACAAUGCCCUUCAAAUUGAGUCCCAACGCCAGGACGCCAAGAAGAAGCGUGAUGAAGAUGGAACUGUUGCUGUAUGGAACCAUAUGACCAUAGACUACGAUCUUGAAGAGUAUAUGAAGGAAUCUAAAGAAAAAGAUAACCGGAAUGUUCAAGAAAUGAAAGAUUGUGUGGUGGAAAUAAUGGAGCUUAAAAUUUCCGGGGAUAACAAGGAGAACUGCCAGGAUGAUUCAAAGAAAAGGCAAACACUGAAAAUAAGAAACGCUAAUUCUAGCAACAAGAAAAAAUAA